GUUAAGGGUUGGAUCUUGUGGGGAGUUGGUUCUUUUGCAGUUUUGCGGGCUUUGAAUUAAGGGGAACAAUAAGAAUUUGCAGUAUAGAGUAAAAAGAGAAGGAAGAUUUUGUGGAGAUUGAAUGAAAAUAUACCAUUAGUACUCACCAGACUUCAUUAUUGUGAAAAAUGGAAAAAGAUUGUUGAUGUGCUAAAGGAAGAUGUGUUAUUGAUCCCAUUGUUGCUGACAAGGCCUUGAUGCUGUGUAAAAAUGAGGAGCAGACUGCCUUUCUUUGCAAAUUUGAUUGUCGGGUGAAAGUAUAAAUUUUUUAUAUUACAUUUGAAAGAUGUAAGACACGAGAAUAUGGCUUCUUUGAAGUCACCUGGGCAGUGGAUAAGUCAAAGGUCUUUCAUCCUAUUGAUCUAUUGAGAAAGAUUUCUGUGGGGAAUUGCAUGUUGAAAAUCAAAUACACAUAAUGAAGUGGAAACAAAUUCAAAGAUCAACUUUGAAAUACGGUGAGGCAAAUGAUCAAUCCGAAGAAUUGAUUUAGAAGUGCUUCAUGCAUACUUGAUGGAAUUUCUUGAAUUCCAAAUAAUUCAGCCAAUGAAACAUGGUUAGAUGUGCAUGAAGAGCAUAUGGUUGAAGAAUCUUACUGCUUGGUUUUUGAAUGUCGAGGAAGCUUUAAGAAAUGGAGGGUUUGAAUAGUGCCUUUAGUUAUGAAAUUUGAUUGAAGACAGUUGGGAAUUCAUAAGGACACUUGUGUACAAAGGUUUUGUAGAUAGCUGAUGGUGAAGUAUUCAAGAAAAAUUCCAAUGUUCCAAUUCAAGGGUUGAUAGUUAUCUUUUGUUAUAAUUGGGUCAACAUGCAAAGAUGUAAUAGCAUCUUGGAGAUAAAGAUCUGAUUUUAGCGACAGACUCCGAUAUCAAGGAAAUACUGACAGGAAUUCAUCUGGAGAUAGUACUCAAGGUGGAUCAUCAGUGGGUAGGGAAUUAGAUUCUUGUUCAACUAAGCCUACCAAGUCGGGGAAGUCAAGACAGAGUCAUGCAUUGCAUCAUUUACUGGGAAAUAUUUUUGAUGAAAAAGUUUCUACGAGGAGGAAGCUCAAGUGGUUGAAAAGGGUUGCCACAGUCAAGGAUGAUGGAACUGUACAAAUGGAAGUUCCAGAAGGCAUUCAACCUGAAAGUUUUCAUUUAAGUGUUUUGGAUGUUGAGGCUGUAGAUGAUGAAUCCCUAGACACAGCCAAUGUUCCAUUCAUCCCCCCAUUACAAAUUGUGAUGCUCAUAGUUGGUACAAGAGGAGACGUUCAACCUUUUGUUGCCAUUGGGAAGCGUUUGCAGGAGUAUGGCCAUAGAGUUAGAUUAGCAACUCAUGCAAAUUUUAAAGAUUUUGUACUCUCUACUGGACUGGAGUUCUUUCCUUUAGGAGGAGAUGCUAAAGUUCUUGCCGAUUAUAUGGUAAAGAAUAAAGGAUUCCUUCCAUCAGGACCUUCAGAGAUACAUACCCAACGCAAUCAUUUGAAGGAUAUUAUUUUCUCAUUACUUCCUGCAUGCCAGGAUGACGAUCCAGAAUCUAAAAUUCCAUUUAAGGCAGAUGCGAUAAUUGCGAACCCCCCUGCAUAUGGUCAUACUCAAGUUGCUGAGGCGUUGAAAUUACCACUUCACGUGUUUUUCACAAUGCCAUGGACGCCCACGAGUGAUUUUCCUCAUCCUCUAGCCCAUGUCAAGCAUCAAAUGGGAUAUAGAUUGUCGUAUAACAUAGUUGAUACUUUAAUUUGGCUUGGAAUUCGUGACAUUAUAAAUAGCUUUAGGAAGAAGAAGCUGAAACUGAGACGAAUAUCAUAUCUCAGUGGACAUUACAGCAGUCUUCCGGAGGUGCCUUAUGGGUAUAUAUGGAGUCCUCACCUUAUUCCAAAGCCAAAAGAUUGGGGGUCUAAAAUUGAUGUAGUUGGAUUUUGUUUCCUCGACCUUGCUUCAAAUUAUCAACCGCCAAAUUCUCUUGUGCAAUGGAUGGAAGCUGGCGAAAGGCCAAUUUACAUUGGAUUUGGCAGCCUUCCUGUUGAACAACCACAAGAAAUGACACAGAUUAUAGUUGAAGCUCUGGAAAUUACAGGAAGGAGAGGAAUAAUAAAUAAAGGCUGGGGUGGUCUUGGAAGCUUGGCAGAGCCAAAAGAGUUUGUGUACGUGCUGGAUAAUUGUCCCCAUGAUUGGCUAUUUCCGAGAUGCAUGGCUGUGGUACACCACGGGGGUGCAGGAACAACUGCAGCUGGACUCAAAGCAGCUUGUCCAACAACAAUUGUGCCAAUCUUCGGUGAUCAGCAAUUUUGGGGCGAGCGUGUGCAUGCACGGGGACUUGGUCCCCCGCCUAUCCCAGUUGCUGAAUUUUCACUUGAAAAGUUGAUUGAUGCCAUAAACUUUAUGCUUGAUCCCAAGGUAAAAGAGAGGGCUGUGGAACUGUCCAAGGCCAUAGAAAUUGAGGAUGGAGUAGGAGGUGCAGUGAAUGCUUUCCACAAGCAUUUUCAUCAAAGUAGAACUCUGGCUAAACCUGAGACUCCGAAACGUGGCUUUUCGGUUAGACGCCUUCUCCAUAUAUCUUAAUCUUAUUUGCUAUUUUAUUUAUUAGAUGCAUACAUCAUCUACAGAAAACUACCUUGACAAAAGGCAUUAUUGUUGUAUCUGAGUAAUCUAACAUAUAACUUCUUGUAAUGUGAAAGACUCUUUAGCUUUCAUUUUGAGUGUAAUAUAAACUAGAUUGGUGUAUGAACAAUAAAUGUUACUCUUCACCAAUCUCAUACUUAGAACACAGAUAAUAUUACAAAAAGAGAGUCUGCUUUACGAUGAUUCUCUACUUUUUAACAUAAGAAUAAUUGUAUUAUUGCUUUUUAA